AUGAAGAGUGACCAGUCCAGGGGUACACCACUGAACUUUGGAGAAGGAGACUCCUCUGAAAAGAGAUGUAAAAGGAUUUGUGUGCAGAAUCAUAAAGCCUUUCUGAAGAAGAAAUUUCAGUGUUUGACGGAGGGAAUCUCCAAGCAGGGAAACCCCACACUUCUCAAUGAGAUCUACACAGAGGUCUACAUCACAGAAGGUGGCAGUGGAGAGAUGAAUGAUGAACACGAGGUCAGGCAGAUUGAGGCAGCAUCCAAGAGAUCAGCUAUGUAUGACAAACCAAUCAAAUGCAAUGACAUCUUUAAACCCUUACCUGGACAAGAUAAGGACAUUAGAACUGUGCUGACAAAGGGAGUGGCUGGCAUUGGGAAAACAGUCUCUGUGCAGAAGUUCAUUCUCGACUGGGCUGAAGAAAAAGCCAAUCAUGAUGUCCACUAUAUAUUCCCUCUUCCUUUCCGUGAACUUAACUUAGUGAAGGAGGAACAUCUAAGUUUAGUGGGUCUGAUUAAGCGAUUGUUUGGUGAUAUCUAUGAUCUCAGCAUUUUCUCUGAUGUAAAAUGCAAAGUGCUGUUCAUCUUUGAUGGUCUUGAUGAGUGCCGGAUUCCUCUCAAUUUACAUUCAACCUCAAGGUGUUUUGAUGUAACAGAAGCAACCACAGUGUCUACUUUGCUGAAAAACCUCAUCAAGGGGAAUCUGCUCCCCUCUUCUCUCAUGUGGAUCACCUCCAGACCAGCAGCAGCCAAUCAGAUCCCUCUUGAGUGUGUGGACCGAGUGACGGAGGUACGGGGGUUCAAUGACCCCCAGAAGGAGGAGUACUUUUGGAAGAGAGUCAGUGAUGAGGACCUGGCUAACAGAACCAUCAGCCACCUGAAGUCUUCCAGGAGCCUCUUCAUCAUGUGCCACAUUCCUGUCUUCUGCUGGAUUGCAGCCACUGUGCUGGAGAUAGUGUUGGGGGAACGACACACAGGAGAGAUCCCUAAGACUCUUACUCAAAUGUACACGCAAUUCCUGAUGAUUCAGACGGAAGUCAAACAGAAGUACACAAACAGAAAAGAGACGGGGGAAGGGAUGAUUUUCAAACUGGGGAAACUUGCUUUUCAGCAGCUGCAGAAGGGCAAUCUGAUCUUCUAUGAAGAAGACCUGAGAGAGUGCAGCAUUGACAUCACAGAGGCAUCAGUGUACUCAGGGGUGUGUACCCAGAUCUUCAGAGAGGAGUCUGGGCUGUACCACGGGAAGGUGUUCUGCUUUGUGCAUCUCAGUAUUCAGGAACAUCUUGCAGCAUUACAUGUGCACCUCACUUUCAUCAUCUACAAGGAAAAUGUUCUCAGCCCGAGGCCAGCCACAUUAAAAUCUAGGCUUGCUCAAGUUUUUAAGCCUCCGCCUGUGUCUGAUACAAAUGAGUGUGACGAAGCGUCUGUGUAUGGGCUGCACAAGAGAGCAGUAGAUCUGACCUUACAGAGUGACAACGAACAUCUGGAGCUUUUCCUCCGCUUCCUCCUGGGCCUUUCACUAGAUUCCAAUCAGGAUCUCUUGAGAGCUCUCCUGCCACAGGCAAACAUCCAAUCACAGAGGACUGAUAAAACUGCCCAGUACAUCAAGAAGAGGAUCAGGAAGAAUCCCUCAUCAAGGAAAUGCAUGAAUCUGUUCCACUGUCUCAAUGAGCUGAAUGAUCAGUCCCUAGUAAAGGAAAUCCAAAGGUACCUGAAGACAUCAGGAGGUCUAAAUGGAGCCAAUCUCUCCCAUGCACAGUGGUCAGCUGUGGUAUUUGUGCUGCUGACCUCAGAUCAGCAGCUGGAUGAGUUUGACCUGAAGGAAUAUGGCGGAUCAGAGGAAUGUCUGCUGAGGCUGAUGCCUGUGGUCAAGGCCUCCAGAUCAGCAAAGCUGCGCGACUGUAAGCUGACAGAGAAAAGCUGUUCCUCUCUGGCUUCAGCCCUCAGCUCAGGCUCAAGUCUCAGACAGCUGGACCUAACUCUCAAUAAGCUGCAGGACUCUAGAGUGGGACUUCUUAGUGUUGCAUUAGGAAAUCCGCUCUGUCAACUGGAGACACUGAUGCUGCGUAACUGUAAGCUGACAGAGAAAAGCUGUUCCUUUCUGGCUGCAGCCCUCAGUUCAGGUUCAAGUCUCAAACAGCUGGACCUGAGGUGGAAUAAUCUGCAUGACUCUGGAGUGGCACAUCUUAGUGCUGCUAUAAGAAAUCCACUCUGUCGACUGGAGUCACUAAUGCUGUGGAACUGUAAGCUGACAGAGAAGAGCUGUUAUCCUCUGGCUACUGCCCUCAGUGCAGGCUCAAGUCUCAGACAGCUGAACCUGAGUGAGAAUAGUCUGCAGGACUCUGGAGUGGCACCCCUCAGCUCAGGCUCAAGUCUCAGACAGCUGGACCUGAGUUGUAAUAGACUGCUGACAUCAGAUUUUGAGCCUCUCUUCGCUCUUCAGAGGAACCCAGAGUGUAAACUGCAGCAGCUUAAGUGGUGA